AUCAACCAAGCGAUUGCAUACACACAACUUCAUCAGCGAAUUUUUUUUGGAAAUUCAUCGAUUUUAUCAUGAACAUGGAGACGAUAUUAAUUCCUAAAGUGUCUACGUUGACGAAAGAUAUAGAAAUGUUUUCAAACAUUGAAAAGUUUUCUGCCGUAACGGGAUAUGUUCCAAACAUGGAACACGUAUCAAAAAAGAUAAAAACAGUGCGAGGCAACAGACUUACAAAUGUCCUCCGUACUUUGAGAAAUUCUGUCCUCAAGAAAUCACGUGCAGAUUAUAACCUUCUUACAAAUGACGAGUUCAGAUAUACAUUAUUUUCAUCAGAGACCAAAGCCAAGUUAAGAGAACGGAAACAGACGUUGGUAGAGUUAAUAAAGAGACACGAGAGGGCGCUGCUAGCCCUCAGAGACGUUAGAAUGAAAUGUUGGAAAUCCAAAGACAAACUAGACGAAUGCAAACUUUCUCUAGAAACACAAAAAUCCGCUCUUAGAUAUAACGAAGAUGAAAAGAAACCAAGAACCGCUGCCAUUAAGCUUAUGCAAGUAUUUCUAGAGAAGAGAAAGCUUGUUCACGAACAAUUCCUCGGAGAGUUUGAGACAAAAUUCCUAGCUGAAAUAAGCUUAAGAGAGAAAAUUAAUAAGAUUGCUCGAGAUAUGGAAGCUGACAUUGUUGAUAUGAUGGUAGAUAGAAUUAGAGUUAUGAUGACUGACAAUAAACAGGUUAUAAGUGAUACAAAUAUGAGAAAACUUGCCCACAACUUUACUAUCAGACAUGUUCGAUCAUACAAGUUUGUUCAUUGCUCAG